AUGGAUUGCGAGAAAGUGUAUUUGAUAUUUGAUCGCGAAAUGGAAAAACAUGAAUGUCCGUGGCCGACGUAUCAUAUUGAAGUUCCUACAAGAUUACGAUCUAUCAUCAAUCGCUUUGAGGAUGUCGGAUUCACUAAAAAUGAGAAUAUUGAAGUUCUGAAUUCACGACUUGCCACUGAAGCCGAAAUUGAAAUAGUUCAUACUCGGCGAUACAUUGACGAUAUCAAAUCGACUGAGAUAUUGAAUACAGAUGAACAGGAACACUUCUGUACAAACUAUGAAGAUAUUUACGUGAAUAAGCACACGUGGAGAUUAUCUCAAAUGGCCGCUGGAUGUGCUAUUGAUUUGGCAACAAAUUGUCUCAAAAACAAACGAUCGGGACUUGCGCUAGUUCGGCCACCAGGACAUCAUGCGAUGCCAAAUGCAGGAUGCGGCUUCUGUAUCUUCAAUAACGUUGCGAUUGCCGCCAAGCACGCCUUGAAAGCUGGAGCGAAAAACGUUGUAAUAGUAGAUUUUGAUGUUCACGCGGGUCAAGGAACUCAAGAAUGCAUUGAAAAUGUGGACGAAAUUCAACUUAUAAGCAUUCAUCGUUACGAAGAUGGAACGUUUUGGCCAAAUUUGCCUCAAGCUGGAGUCCGUCAUAAAUUCGGGAACACUUUAAACGUCCCCCUUAAUGGUAUCGGAUUCGGUGAUGAAGAGUAUUUGGCAAUAUUUCAAUUAAUUAUUAUGCCAUUGAUUUAUUCUAAAUCACCCGAUUUAAUAUUAAUCUCAUGUGGAUUCGACGCGGCUUUAGGAGACCCGGAGGGAUUUAUGAGGGUUACUCCAGCUGGGUAUGCGACAAUGAUUCGUAUGCUUACAAACACUGGAAUACCAGUAGCUGCAGUUUUGGAAGGGGGAUACUUUAUCGAUUCAAUUGUUAAUGAUGCAGAAUGGGGGUCGUGGAAUAACGACAUCGAUGUUUUCAAAGGUGAAAGAACUGUCGACGUUCCAUUUGAUACCCGCGGAAUUUAUGUUCCGUUUACUGAACAGAAGGUUGAUGUCUAUAGGAAAGAGCUCGAAACAAUUAUCAGAAAGUAUUUGCAACAAUCCAGUAGCUAUCAGCAAGUUGAAUCCGAUAAAAACUUGCUUGACUACUUAUUGUGCGUUCUGCCAUCAAACCCUCUUCAAAAACCACCAAACUUCGUGGAAACUGAAGGAAUCAAUGUAGUUUUGUUCGAUGACGGAACGCAAGAAAUUAUAACUGAAGAAUUUAUCGACGGAGAAGAUGGAAUGCAGUAUACUAUUGUGUAUGAGGAUGAAAAUGGCGAGCGACUUCUUCCGGAAGAAGUACGUAAUAUGGUCGCAGAAAAUAGAAAGCUUGAAGUUGUAAGCGAUGAAAUCAUCAGGCAAUUACCACUAAGAGAUCAAGAUAUUGGGCAUUCCUUACGAGCUGAUGAGACAAUGCCCGACGAAAUAAUGGAAAGAAGCCAAAUGCCUGGACCAUCAAGACGACCGCCACACCAGCAAAGUCCGCCAAAAUCACCACAAGUGAAGAAACGAGAAAGUUGUGAUGACAACUCUGGCGCUGGCCCUAGCACAAGUUCACCGUUUCAAAAAUCACUUAGAAGUGCUAGUACGCGAGUUCCGCAACCGCCAUAUCCAGCCGAAACAAAACCCCUUGCAAAUGAAGACGAGACGUUGAGACAAAUAGAAUCGUAUCUUCCGGAAUAUCUGCGCUCCAAAUUUCAAUCGAUAGCAGAAGAAACUGCUAAAUCUCGACAACAUGAAAAGGUGAAGUCACAUAUUGAUAAACUAAUUAAUGCGCCUGAGCUAACGAAAUGUCAUGGCUGCAACAACUUUUUAACACCAAGAGUUCACACACAACAUAUGAAAAUGAUCAGCGCUAGUGGAAUUUGCUCCGCGGGAAUACCGAAAAAAUAUAGAUGUCCGGAAUGUGCUGAUAGUCUUUCGACUAUUGAAAAGCUAUGCGAUCAUUUGCACAUUUUGCACUCUGCUCCUACUAUAAUUCGACGUGCUGAAUUUUUCUCAGAAAAAGAGUUUGAGGAUUUCCUUAAUUCGGUUUCAAGAACCGGUUACGAUACGUCACGUUUCGGUCCGAAGCCGAAUAUUCGGAUAAAAUCGAAACCUGGUUCUGUCCAAUUCUUCAAAUGUAACUAUGCAAGUAGACAAGAUCCGAUGUGGCCAGAAAUGAUGGAAGACGACAUAGAUGAUGUAAAUGGCCGUGUUGUCGACACUUGCACAGCUUUCGUUCUUAAGACAUACCAAUUCGGAGCGAUUCAUGUGCGAUAUAAUUAUUUCCAUAUUCAUGAUAAUGGAAACGACACUCUUCGAAUGCCAUUUGCUGUGAAGAAACGUCUUUAUGACAUGUCGUUGAAGCGAUUGCCAAUUCCCGUUAUGCAAUAUGUCAUGCAAGCUGAAGCCAAGGAUUACUGUAUACCUGGAUCGGACGUUGAAGAUCGAAUUGUUAAUCUUACUGCAAAUGAUGUUGCUGAGCUGUUAAUGGACAUUCAUGAAUCUAUAAAACGUUACGAAACAGCCUAUCAUGCAGAUAUUAACGAUGAGAUCGUGUCUUUUCCCGAAGAAGACUUAGAAAGAAAUGAUGAAGGCAUGAGAACUGAACCGCCGAUUCAAAAUAAAAUCAUCAUUGAAAAACCCUUGCGUGGAAUCGGUAGAAUAUUUAAAACUAACGAGGAUGUGAAAGAAACCAAAAAGGAAAGCAGAGAAGAAGAAAAACUGGAGAAAACUCAAAUUAUAGAUAUUGUAGAAGAACAGCAAGAAGGAGAAGAAGAAGAAGCAGAUAAUGCUUCCAAAGAUGAGCAGCCGAAUGUGCCGGAGUCACAACAUACGAGUUCUGAUGCACCAAUGGAACAAAAAGUCGAUACAAAACCGACACAAGAAAUCGAUGUAGAGACAUUCGACCAGGAAUUUAUUGAAGAAGAAGAGGAAGAGGGACGUUACGUCGAAAUUAAUUUGAAUAUUGAUGACUGCUUCAUCUACGAUCCGGAAUCUGGACGAGAUACUCUUUUUGAGGCAAUUACCCCGAUGGAACUGAAAUUUCUAGAGGAAUACGAAAAACAGAUUCAAAUCAAUUUGACGGAGGAGCAGAGGGAAGAUCGAAUGAAGGCAUUUGCAAGAUUGGCUCUGGAGACUGUUGAUGCGAUGUUUAAAGAAAUAGCAUCAUUGACUCACAAGUUCUCAGUCAACGAUUAUCAAUUAGGAACUUUAGAGGAAAUGGAAGGCUUAUCUGAGGAGAUUGCUCGUAUUAUGUGCAUAAUUGAGGCUGAAGUGAAAAGUAUCAAGGAGCCUGAACUAGACACACUUCAAAGAGCAGCAGAUAUGAUGGAACAGAUCCGAAGUCGGACAAAACUUUACAAAUCAUCUGAUAAACUUGGCUGUGGUCGUAGAAGAAAUAAUAACGCAUCGCAGCCAAGAAGAUGCCGAAGAACACUUCCUGAAGUCGACCUCAGUCAUUUACGUGGAAUGAUUCGUAAUCGUCCUGAUUCGCCGCCUCGUGGUCCAAAUGGUGAAGACAUUGAACCCACUCUUUCUCUACCCGACCAAUUGCUGCUUCAAAAAGCUAAAGAGGGAUUCCCUGAAGAAGAUUUAACAGAAUUUACUCCAUCGAUAGAAUUUCUGGACGAACGUCCCAAAAGACGUAGAGAGAGGAAGUCACGAAUGGUUCAGGAUCCAGAUAAGGAACCUGAUGCUACUGGUCAAGCAAUGAAACGACGGAGUCGUCGCAAGAAUGCUUAUGCUCCCGAUUCGGUUGGAUAUGCUUUAGAUCCAAAAACUCCAGCGAAGUCACGGAAAAAGGGCGGAUUUGUGAACAUGGCUAAUAUAACGACCGAUGAUAAUGUACCGCCAGCGAUUUCAAUGGGUGUUGAUCAAGAGGUUGAAGUCUCAACGGAAGAACAAAAUAGUUGGUACGGGACUGCGGAAUUGUAUGAUAUGAAUAUGUUUGCCCCGACUCCUGAGAAUACCGGUCAACUCCAAGAAGCAAACAAAAAGAAAAAAGUCGUAAUUGAGGAAAUGGUAAUAUCAUAA